AUGGAUUCUUGUGAAGAUCAAAAUCCUUCACUUAUACAAGGCGCAACAAAAAGAUAUUUCAGCCAAGGCUCAGAUUUUACUUAUAAUCAAAAUAAAAAGAGAAGAAGCAACACUGGAGGCGAAAUCUUUGACCAAGGAAGCAGUAGUUUGUCAAACUCUUUUAUUGAUUCAAAAAGUAACACCUCAAUGACUGAUACAAGAAGAAAAAACUUUACAGUUCCGAUGCCAUUCCAGCUGCACACUGAAAUGCGUUCAAAUAAUAAAUGUCUUGCUACUAAAGAAAAUAAUUCUUCUGAAAUAUUUAAGAGGCCGAUUUUUAAAGCAAGGCCAAUGCCGAAAUUCUAUAAACCUUUAUUGCAGAAAUCUGCCUCUCUUACAAGCUUAUCUGAACAAUCGACUUCUUUUUCAAAUUCUGGUUCAAAUGAAUUCAAAGCAAGACCUGUGCCCCAUUAUAAGCCUUUUGAAAUUAAAAAAGAAGAAAGAGAAUCAAUUGCUAUUAAACCAUUCAAUUUGAGAACAGAAGAAAGAGGCCUUGAAAAAGAAAUGACCUUCAAUCAAAAGUUGAGGGCGAAGACCAUGGUUGAAAAUGAGCUCAGAUACUUCAAAGCGAACCCUAAGCCCGAAUUUAAACCAAUACCAUUAAAAGAGCCUGAAGGGUCCAUCACUCUUCCAGAUCCUUUUGUGCUUGAAACGGACUUAAGAGCAAGAAGGAAAUCAGUCUCACAAACUACAAGCAUUCAGAAGUUUACUGCAAAGCCUAUGCCUGAUUUUAGUCGUCCUUUCACCCCAGCACAUGAAAAUAAGCACUUCAUUCAGCCAUCCAACUUUGAGUUGUACUCUUCUAAGCGAGCAAAAGAAAGAGAGGCCUUUGAAGUAAUGAUGAAAAACAAGGAAAAUAUGAUGCAAAUUGAAACUGAGAAACAGAAUCAAUUAAAGAUGGAAAUAGAGGCUGAAGAAUUGAAAAAUUAUCGAAAAAGCUUACUCAACCCUCAAUCAGCCAAAAACUUUACUCUUUAAUGAUUUGGUAAAAAUUAAUAUGAUUUUUAUUUUAAAAAAUGGCAUUUUGCAAAAAACUUGCCUUUUUAAAUAUAAAAAUUACGUUUUAGAAUAUAAGCUUAUUAAAAUUUAUGAAAAUUAGUUAGAUUUCAUUUUAAAACAAUUAUUCAUAUAUCAUAAUAUUUUUAUAAAAAAAAUCUUUUGCUCUCUACAGAUUUUUUUUCAAAGAUCGUUCAGUUAAGAGAAGGUGCUAGAGUUUAAAGCUCAGCCACUGCAAGACAUAUCUCCAUUUAUUGCAUCUCGGUCACAAGCAAUUCUCACCAAUCCUCAAAGCCCUAACCUCGCGACAAAAGAGCGCUCCUUGAAAAGAAGAUUAAACUUUACAAAUAGUGAAUGUCCUACCACAAAUCACUCUUUAUUUUCAUCUUCUUCCAUAGAUAGCCACUGUCCGAUGGAUCUUGAUUAA